AUGGGGCUCUGCCAUGGCAAGCCGACGCAAAUCCCGGAGGCCGAGGCGGAGGAGGAUCCCCACGUAGCCUCCGGCGCGGGCGACGGUGGGGACGGGGCGACCUCGCCGUCGGCGGCGGCGCCUGUGGCGAAGCCGGGCACGCCGAAGCAGCCCAAGUUCCCGUUCUACCUGCCCAGCCCGCUCCCGCCGUCCAGCUACAAGGGCUCGCCGGCGAACUCGAGCGUCGCGUCCACGCCGGCGCGCGGCGGGUUCAAGCGCCCGUUCCCACCGCCGUCGCCCGCCAAGCACAUCCGCGCUCUCCUUGCGCGGCGGCACGGCUCGGUCAAGCCCAACGAGGCGUCCAUCCCCGAGGGCGGCGAGCCGGAGCUCGGCCUGGACAAGAGCUUCGGCUUCUCCAAACACUUCUUCGCCAAGUACGACCUCGGCGAGGAGGUCGGCCGCGGCCACUUCGGCUACACGUGCUCCGCCAAGGCCAAGAAGGGCGAGCACAAGGGCCAGGACGUCGCCGUCAAGGUCAUCCCCAAGGCCAAGAUGACAACAGCUAUUGCCAUUGAAGAUGUGAGAAGAGAAGUGAGAAUAUUGAGUUCUUUGACAGGCCACAGUAACCUAGUGCAGUUCUACGAUGCUUUCGAGGAUGAAGAUAACGUGUAUAUAGUUAUGGAAUUAUGUAAAGGAGGUGAACUGCUGGACAAGAUAUUGGCUAGAGGUGGAAAGUACUCUGAAGAGGAUGCGAAGGUCGUUAUGGUACAAAUUUUGAGUGUUGUAUCAUUUUGCCAUCUUCAAGGUGUUGUUCACCGUGAUCUGAAACCAGAGAAUUUCCUUUUCUCUUCAAAGGAAGAAAACUCUCCCUUGAAGGUCAUAGAUUUUGGCUUGUCUGACUUUGUGAAGCCAGAUGAAAGACUAAACGACAUUGUUGGAAGUGCAUACUAUGUUGCUCCAGAGGUGCUCCACAGAUCUUAUGGCACUGAGGCAGAUAUGUGGAGCAUUGGAGUAAUUGCCUACAUCUUACUAUGCGGGAGUCGGCCUUUCUGGGCACGCACGGAGUCAGGAAUCUUUCGAGCUGUCUUGAAGGCGGAACCGAGUUUUGAUGAGGCCCCAUGGCCCACUCUCACAGCUGAAGCUAAAGAUUUUGUAAAAAGGCUUCUAAAUAAGGAUUACCGCAAGAGAAUGACGGCCGCACAAGCUCUCAGUCAUCCAUGGAUCCGUAAUGCUCAACAAGUGAAAGUUCCUUUGGAUAUGAUAAUCUAUAAGCUAAUGAGAGCUUACAUCAGUUCGUCUUCACUGCGGAAGUCUGCUUUGAGGGCCCUAGCCAAGACGCUGACGACGAACCAACUCUUUUAUGUAAGGGAGCAGUUUGAAUUGCUGGGCCCAAACAAGAAUGGUUAUAUCUCAUUGCAAAAUCUGAAAUCGGCUCUAGUGAAGAACUCCACAGAUGCAAUGAAGGACUCUAGGGUUGUUGAUUUUGUUAACACCGUGUGCACUCUUCAGUACAGAAAAUUUGAUUUUGAAGAGUUUGCUGCUUCUGCCAUCAGUGUUUACCAGAUGGAAGCCUUGGAGACCUGGGAACAGCACGCGAGGCGCGCGUAUGAGCUGUUUGACAAGGAAGGAAACCGGCCUAUUGUGAUCGAAGAACUUGCAUCGAGAACAGGAACGUCGCAGCGCGUUAUUGCAGAGUUUGCAAUGCGUUACUGGAAUGCUCGCUCUGUUCAUGGCGACGACGACGCAGGCGCUGUACGUGGACUUUCUCUUGGUGUGUACGAGUACGAUGCCGUGAAUGCAGCGGUGUCGCCAUUGGCAGCGCGGUUUGGGAGGGAGCACGGCGCUGGUCCUGGACGGGCGUACGGCGGAGCAGGUCCGGCCGGCGGUGGGGCGCCACUGACAGCCAGAGCGGUAGGAGGACCACACGGCCGGGCACCCAACCUCUUACUGUGCUAG